AUGUGUUCCCCUGGCUGCAGCCGACACGCAGGGUCUCCACUACCCGACGAGAAGCGUGAUGGGCGGGGCCCGGCAGCAAGAGGGGCGUCGUCAGCAGGGGCGGCGGCAGCAGGGGCGGCGGCACAGGGGCAGGGGUCAGACGUCAGCAGGGCGUCGUCAGCAGGGGCGGUCGUCAGCAGGGGCGGCGGCAGCAGGGGCGGCGGCAGCAUAGGCGCCGGCAGCAUUGGUUAUCAUAGUGUAGUCUCUUUAGCCACAUCUGAUGCCGCGGUUGCCUCUCUUUCUCCGGUUCAGGUAACUCGGCUACUUCCUGUAACCGAUGCUGCCGGCGACUAUGCUGUUGAAGAAGACCAUCAAAACGACCGCAUUAGUUUUGAAGAUCUGACGGCGGACAGAGAAAAAGCAAGGACGGACAAAUAA